CACCGCCGCUAUCCGUAGGCGGUGUCUCCAAUAUGGCGGCUUCCCAAGAUGUCCACGUCCGAAUCUGCAACCAAGAGAUUGUCAAAUUCGACCUGGAGGUGAAGGCGCUGAUCCAGGAUAUUCGCGAUUGCUCGGGACCCUUAAGUGCACUCUCUGAGUUGAACAGUAAAGUGAAGGAGAAGCUUCAGCAGCUACGGCACAGGAUACAGGAGCUUGAGCAGUCAGCCAAGGAGCAGGACAAAGAGUCAGAGAAACAGCUCCUGCUCCAGGAAGUGGAGAACCACAAAAAGCAGAUGCUCAGCAAUCAGACGUCAUGGAGGAAAGCCAAUCUCACCUGUAAAAUGGCCAUUGACAACCUAGAGAAAGCAGAGCUUCUCCAAGGAGGAGAUCCCUUAAGGCAAAGGAAAACCACAAAAGAGAGCCUGGCUCAGACAUCCAGCGCCAUCACCGAGAGUCUCAUGGGGAUCAGCAGGAUGAUGUCACAGCAGGUCCAGCAGAGUGAGGAGGCGAUGCACACACUAGUCAACUCCUCACGGACCAUCCUGGAUGCAAAUGAAGAGUUUAAAUCCAUGUCAGGGACCAUCCAGCUGGGCCGGAAGCUCAUCACAAAAUAUAACCGCCGAGAACUGACGGACAAACUUCUCAUCUUCCUGGCCCUGGCCCUUUUCCUUGCUACAGUCCUCUAUAUUGUAAAAAAGCGCCUCUUUCCCUUUUUGUAAGGUUUGUGUGUUUACAUUCCUGAUUCAGGAUCUGUCCAGGUUCCUCUCUAGGGCUCGCGCAUCCUGCCAGUUACUGGCCUUGCUCAGCGGCUUGGAUAGAAUGAGAGGAAGUGGCUUUCUGCCCAUGGCUGCCUCAGAAAGGGCAAGCAGAGCAGAGGAAAGGGGGUGCCUGCAGGACGGAGGGAGGGACACCAUGCUCUCAGCUGUUCAGCACGCUGGGUGGCUGCCAAGUGAAUCAUUUCAAGUCCAGCCACCAGGAUUUGCUCAUCCUUGCUUCUGCCUCUCCUCCUGAGGCCUGAGGUCAGGUCUGGUGGAGGAAACCGACCAGGUGGAUGGGAAGAAGGAUGAUGAAAACUUGUGAUCAUUCCUUCAAUAAACUUGAUUAUACUUAA